AUGGGAGAGGCGACUACAGUAGAGGUCGCGGCGGCUGUACAGAGGAAAUUGGAGGGGCAUCGGACGGUGGUGGAGGAGGAGAAGGACAGGAGCUUGUCGACAGCAGUAGAGGAUGAGGAGGAAGGGUUUUGCCAUGAUGGAUAUUUCUCGGAG